AUGGGCAAGUUCAGCAUGAGCAAGACGAGAGCCUACAACUGGUACAUCUCUCUCGUGGCCGCCUCAUGCAUGGUUCUCUACGGUUACGAUGCCUCCGUCUUCAAUGCUGUGCAGGGCUCGAAGCACUGGGUUGCUUACUUCGACAAGCCUCCAUCGUCGCUGGUUGGUUCAUGGGCGGUCCUGUUGCUGACUACUUCGGCCGUCGCGUGGNGCAUGGCUUCCGGUGCUAUCCUCGUCAUCAUCGCAACAUUCAUCCAGACCUUUACUCCUCGCCACAACCUUGCAUGCUACAUCGUCGGCCGUGUAGUCGUCGGUCUGGGACAAGGUCUUGCUCUGACUGCCGGACCAAUCUACAUCGGAGAACUUGCGCCUCCCGAAAUCCGUGGAAAGAUCAUGUCCUUCUGGCAAAUGUUCUACUCUGUGGGCUCAUUCAUUGCCUACUGGGUCAACUUUGCAUGUUCCAAGCACAGAGCUGAGUUGGGCGAGUGGGACUGGAGAAUGGUCACCAUCUUCCAACUGCUCGUGCCUAUCCUCAUCCUCUCUCAAGUAUUUUUCAUCCCGGAGACCCCGAGAUGGUAUCUCCAACACGGCGAUGAUGGUACAAAGGCCAGAAAGUCACUACUCAAGGUCCGCGAUACCGAGCAGGAAGUCGAUGGUGAAAUUCUCAUGAUCAGAGAAGCCCUGGAGUUUGAGAAGGAAGCGAUUUCUAGCUCGUACUCUGCACUCUGGAAAGACCCUUCUGUGCGCAAGAGACUGCUGUUGGCUUUUGUCCUCAACGCCGGCCAGCAAAUCACUGGCCAAGGCACGCUCAACUCAUACAGCACUAUCAUCUACAAAAAGGUGUUUACCAACGACUCGACCAUCGCCUUGAUCAACGCCCUCAACGCCACCUUCGCAAUCUUCUUCACCAUGAACGCAACAUGGACCGUCGACCGCUUUGGCAGAAAGUUCUUGCUUAUUGUCGGAGCAGUAGGCAUGGCAAUCUGCAUGGUCAUUGUCGCAGCCGUGGUCACCGAAACACCCGGCGGCAACACAAAAUCCGAGCCCGUGGGUAUAGCAGUAGUAUUCCUACUCUUCCUGUUCGCCUUCUUCUACAAGCCUUCCUGGGGCGCCACCGUCUGGAUCUGGACGUCCGAGAUUUUCUCCAUGAACGUUCGUGCUCAAGCCGUCGGCAUGGCUUCCCAAACCCAAAAUGUUGCAAACCUCAUUGUGCAGCAAUUCUUCCCUACUUUCCUCAACAAUUGUGGAUUCUAUGCUUUCUACAUGUUUGCAGGUAUUAAUCUUCUGCUUGCCGUCUUUGUCUGGUUCUGCAUUCCAGAGACUAAGAACGUCACCCUUGAGGAGAUCGAUACUCUGUUUGGUGGGCAGAAUCAUGUGGCCAUGGGAGAGGGUAUGGUGGGUGUUGCCGAGGGAGAGAAGUUUGGUGUUGAGACAGUCGAGGAGAUUCGGGAGGAGAGGAGAUAA